CUUGUAAUUGGGCGCUGGCGGGAGAGCGUAGCGCCCGUGGCUCUCGCUCUCCGAUAGGCUGCGGGCGCCACCGCGAAGGGAAGGUUUAUUUUACGAUGGGGGGCGGGUGAGAGGCCGGCGGGCAGGUUAUGGCGGGAGAGACGAAAACAGCCUCUGAAUGGCCUCAUGGCUGUCGCCUCCUCUUUCGGGUUGUGCUCCUUUCGAUCCUGGCUUGCAGCUCCGAUGGACGUGUAGUGUUACUUAAAGAACAUGAAACACAUGUACUUUAUUCCUCGGAACAGUUUUGCUAUUCAAAUAAAGUGACCCCCAAAUGGCAUGAUAUAUGGACCAAAAUUCAGAUCCGGGUAAACAGCACCAAGGUGAUCCGCGUCAUCCAAGUUGAAAGUGAGGAGAAGCUGAAAGAACUGGAUGGAUUUAAUUUAUGGAUGUAUGUUGGCUUGCUCUUCAAAGAGAAACUUAAUGAUAGCUACAUUAAUGUUGACAUUUUCAGUAAAGAAACCUGCUUGAAAGUCGAGACCUUAGACCAACACUCCCAAUACAGCAUCAGUGUUACUCGAACACUUGAUCCCAAGCUCUUCAUUGUUACAUUUCUGGGCCUGCUACUGUUUUUCUGUAGUGAUUUGAUGAGUAGAAGUACAAUCUUCUUCUAUUCAACUGGAAUAAGCAUUGGCAUGCUCAGUUCAUUGCUCAUUGUUGUCUACGUACUAUCCAGAUUUGUGCCCAAGAAGAGCCCUAUCUAUCUUAUGAUUCUGGGAGGCUGGUCUUUUUCUGUUUAUCUUACCCAGUUGGCCUUCAGAAAUCUACAGGAAAUAUGUACAUUAUACUGGGAAUAUCUACUUGGCUACCUGGUCACUGUAGGGUGUGUAAGCUUUGCCCUGUGCUACAAAUAUGGCCCUCUGGAGAAUGAACGCAACAUAAAUCUCCUCACUUGGGGUCUGCAGAUUUUCGGCUUGCUGCUCCUUUAUUUGAGCAUUCAGAUACGAUAUAUUGCCGUCAUCUUGAUUAUAAUUGCAAUCUGCACUAAAAACCUGGAGUAUCCAGUCAUAUGGGCCUAUGCCAUCUACAGGAAGCUGUUCACAGCUCCAGAAAAGCCCAGCCCACCACGCCUAUUGUCCGAGGAGGAAUAUCGGAUCCUGGGGGAGGUAGAGACACGCAAAGCCUUGGAACAACUGCGGGAGUACUGCAGAAGUCCAGAGUUCUCUGCAUGGAAAGCAGUCUCCCGCAUCCAGUCUCCAAAAAGAUUUGCUGAUUUUAUAGAAGGUGCCUCACAUGUCGUUCCCAAUGAGGCUUCUGUCCAUGAGCAGGAGUAUGGGUUGGGAGGUUCCUUUUUAGAGAAUCAGCUCUUUGAAGAGGAAGAUGAGGAAGAUGACAGCAGUUUUGAUGAGGAUUAUCCAGAGACACCGUGGCCCCAAAAUCACUUAAAUUUUCAAGAUAAAACUGGCCACUGUUGAUGCAAAUGGAUUGACUGAUGCCCCUUAUUGAUCCUGUCUGCUGUUACAGUGGAAGAGUGCUAUAGAAAAACCUUUUCUGUGUGGCAUUGCUUAAGUAUCUGUAUGACAGGCGUCUAAAGCCCUGCGAUCUAUUCCAGACCAUGACAUGACAAUGAACUGCAACAUACUUGGGAUAUUUUAUCAAUAUUCUGGAUUAAAUAACUUAUGAAGUACAAGCUGGUCAGAACCUACAGCUGUUAGCAGUGAGUAACUUACUGAGGAGGAAUAUGGGAAGCUUGUAAAUCAUUACUGAAAGGCAGUGGAAAAAUGACAAAUCAUUUUGCCAUGAGAAAAACAGGAAAGGUUGAAGAAAGGUUUGAAAGUCCAGGUGAAUUUGGUAGAUAUAUCCUAAUUUUGUACUGUCUUCCUGGGAAGCAAUAGCUGCUGCCCUUUGACUUUCCAGGAUGCCAACAGAGAUUUGAGAGCAUGCUGCUCUUCCUCCAGUAGCUAUGCUUUUUAUGUGUUGGCUUAAAUUUUGCCUCCUGGGUUCAAUACACUGAAGGUCUGAGGCUACUGCUUGUUGCAGAAUAUGUAAUGUGUUUGCUGGGAGCCAAUAAAUUACUAGGUCUCCCAGGGAGGUUCUGUCCUCCUAUACAUGAUAAUUGCACAAAUAGAAAUAUUUUUAAUUAUAUAUCUUGAAAAGAGGGUUGCUUCAACUAAAAUACUUCCUUUAGACAUCCCCCACAAUCUGUUACAUAUUAUAACUUAUUUGUGGCCUUUUUGGUGGGGUUGACAUCAGAUAUGAGCUGCUUUCAGUUUGAAGAAUUAAUUUCUGUAUGGCUAGAAUGGAGGUUCUAGAUUGGUCUGAAGGAGAAACAGCAAUCUGAAAUGCUGGAUUUUGUACAAAACUGCUUUUUGAAGCCAAAACUUUGUGAUCUUCACCAAACCCACAUGGUUCAGAUUUAAACCGCCUUGUUUUUACUGAUAGUCCUCAAUGGUAUUGCAAUCCUUUGAGAAAAUUCAAUUGUAUCUUAAUGAGGACAUGGCAAUAAAUUCAUAGUAGGUGCUUAUAUGUAUACCCAUCCAAAAUGUUUGUAUUACAGCCAUCCAAAAUUUAUUAACUGAUAAAUUAAUUCUGCUUUUAAAGUUUCUAUUGGCAAACACCCCCCCCCCCCAUCCUUCUUAACAGGAUU